AUGGACCGAAGCGACUACGAGUACAGCACUCUCGAAGUUGACGAUACGCAGUGUCUGACUCAAAUAAAGUCCAACACCCGGCAUGACGUACCGGAAACACAGCCUGGAAACAGCCUUCCUGAGGCCUUCCCAAGUGAUGCGCCGGAGGUGAUUGACGGCAGAGAAGGCGCCAGGCCACGGAGGAGCAUGCUAUGCGGGUUACGUAGGAAGACUUUCUGGGUCGCAUUGGCCACAGGAGUGACGCUCAUCGCAAUAUCCAUAGCAGUCGGCAUCGGCGUCGGUGUGACAUCCCAGAAGAACAGCAACAGCAGCAGCACCGCGCCACCGUCACCGUCACCAUCACCAUCUGGAAAUGUUGCAUCUUUCUCGCGUCUUGCAGCGGCAAACUAUACUGAUAGACAAAAAGCCGAGCAUACCCUGGUAUAUUAUCAGGACGACGCCCUGAACCUCUGGAUGGCGGAUCUGGAUCUCACGAAAAACGCAUGGACCCAAUCCCAAGUCAACACCACCGGAUACAAACCCAAAAAUGGGACUCCGAUUGCAGCGAUUAACAUCAAGAUCCAAGCGCGCGUCGAUCUCCACAUCCGCUUCGUGUCCGAAACGAACUACAUACGCGCCCUCUUCUUAGAUCGGCUCAACAACCGAGACUGGCGGAUAGCCCACAAGCCGGACAGUGUCUGGUCGGUUACGGACGAGUCGAACCUCGGGGAUUACUACGCACAAUGCGACGGUUGCGACAGCACCGGCUUCAUGAUCUUCCAGUCGGACCACACGCACAAAACCGCCUUUGCCUACCCGUACAAUGACUUCUCGUUCAACAACUCUAUACCCGAUGGCAUUGUCCCGGACCUUGGCACGGCAUACGCUCUUGCCCCCAUACAAGCGAUCGAGGAGCUCGGCGAUACCCAUGGGUACGCCGGGAUAUACCUCAGCGUGGAUCAAGCACUCCGAGAAUUCUACUUUGCGACCGGCCAUGGAGUGAAGGUCACGAACGUCAAUCUGACGAUGACCGUGGACGCCGGAGCGCAGAUCGCAGCCAUGUCGUACGCGCAAAACGGCCUGAGAUACGUGCAAGUGCUCGUGACGCGCGAGACCGGAGGCGUGCAGAUGGCGUACCUGGAUGGCGGACCUGCUCAGGACUGGACUUGGACGGAUGUGGUUGGCGGUAUGGAGGAGGUGGUCCCGCUGUCGCCCAUCUCAGCGACGCCGGUCGGACGGGUCUACGCGCUUGAAGAGGGAGAAAAUGGCCGCCGCCGGAUUGUCGAGUUCAACCGGACGUCGUCCACUGGGAUUCCAAAGUUCGAGCGCUUGGGACCCAUCAAUAUCACAGCAGUGUCGACAUGA